AUGCCUCACAACGACAUCACAGAGGAAAGCCCUCUGCUGCGCGACAUGUCGAAGAUCCACGAGCGCCACGCCCACGGGCUGGCCAGCGACGAUGAGGUACACGGCGUCGCAUUAGCGCCCGAGACUGCUCAGGAGGGCGACAUCGUCCAGGCCUACGACGAUUCGAGGAAAAUCGGAAUCACGGGCGCCGUUUUCCUGAUCUUGAACAAGAUGAUAGGGACUGGAAUCUUCUCGACACCAUCGGGCAUUUUUGCAGCCACAGGGUCUGUUGGUGUUAGUCUAAUGUUGUGGCUCAUUGGUGGCGUUUUGACUUUUUGCGGAUUGAGCGUGUUCCUUGAAUUCGGUCUUGCAAUCCCCUUAUCCGGUGGUGAAAAGAACUACCUUGAGCGAGUCUACCGACACCCUCGGUAUCUGGCUACGUGCGUGCUGGCUUCUCAGAUGAUCCUACUAGGUUUCUCAUCCGGCAACUCAUUGGCCUUUGGGCGCUAUAUCCUGUUCGCCUCAGGAAGCACCGAGCCAGAUGGUUGGACAGCUCGUGGUUUGGGAGUGGUCUGUGUCACUUUCGCUAUCGUGCUUCAUGCGACGCUGCCAAAAUGGGGCUUGCGAUUGGUAAAUGUCUUGGGGAUCUUCAAAGUGAUCAUCCUACUCCUCAUAGUGUUCUCCGGGUUUGCUGCUCUUGCUGGACGCCGCCUGGUACCCGAUCCGCACAAUUUCGAUAAUGCGUUCAACUUCUACGAAGGAGAUGGUUGGGGUGGCGGAGGUGCUUAUGCCUACGCGCAAGCACUCUUGCGUAUCAUCUACAGUUACAAGGGCUGGGAAAAUGCCAAUUACGUGAUUGGCGAGCUGAGGCACCCUCGAAAGACACUUGCAAUCGCGGCGCCAAUAGCCAUUGGAGGCGUGACGAUCCUCUACAUCCUUGCCAACGUGGCAUACUUCGCAGCUAUCUCGAAGGAGGAUUUGGCGACAUCAGAGGUCAUUGUUGCUGGCGUCUUCUUCCGUAACGUUUUUGGAGACAGUGCUGCUGCUCGGAGUCUACCAGUCUUUGUUGCAUUGAGCAACCUAGGCAACGUGUUGGCCGUCAGCUUCGCUCAUGCCCGUCUGAACCAAGAGUUUGGGAAAGAAGGUCUUUUGCCCUUUAGCAAAUUCUGGGCCUCUAUCAAACCCUUCAACGCCCCGGCACCAGCGCUUUUCCUCCACUGGAUAGUUACGGUGAUCGUCCUCGUGGCUCCGCCAGCAGGCCCUGCGUACAACUUUAUUGUCGAUCUCUACACGUAUCCGGGAGCUUGGAUCAAUGGCUUUGUGGCCGCUGGUUUGAUCUACCUGCACUGGAAGAAAUCCGAAAACUGGACCUCCCCCUGGCACUCUUAUCUGCCCAUCACUCUUCUCUACUUGCUAGCCAACAUCUUCCUGGCAUUGGUCCCAUUUAUACCACCGGAUGGCGACUGGAACGCCGAAGGGUACCCCUACUUCGUGUUCCCUGUCGUCGGUGUUGGUGUUCUGUUCCUCGGAGCUAUCUACUGGGUCUGCUGGACGAAGAUCUGGCCCGCGAUUGGCGGCUAUCGGGUUGAGGCGCAUAGAAUUGUGGAUGAAAAUGGCGUGGAGGUGAUCAGAUAUCGCAAGGUCGACGUCAAACAUCUUUGA